GGGACGCCGAACCAUUUUUUUGAAUUUUGAAUCGACUUUCUCGUCUUUUUCGGAUUAAGUUUGAAAUUUUUCCUCAUCAUAUUUAACAGAUCAUCGAUUUAUAAUCAAUCGAAUUUCUAUUUUUCAUCGAAAUAUUUCCCAAUAAUGCCUGUCGUAAAGAACCUCAACAACCUAACCAGCGAGCAAUUAGUGAAGGAACUGCGGUCCAGGGAUGUGGUCAUCCCGCUGACAUCAACCUCGAAAAAAGAUGUCCUAAUCAAUUUGUACAGGGAGCACGUCCUCUCUAGAGAAAACCGACAAAACGAUUCUGGUGAUGAUAAUGAUGACGAACUUGCCGGGUCAUCACUUUCUUCCAGGAUAUCCAAGAAGAAGCUGAUCUCCAAAAAUUUGCAGACGAGUUUGGACGACCACCGUGACGUCUCAAACCUCUCGGACUCGGAGCUCUACGCAAAGUUGAAACAGUUCAACAGUCACAUUGGUCCUGUUACCAAUACAACGAGGAUAGUCUACCAGAAGAAGCUGCAGAGGUACCUGAACAGGGCGGCCUACAGCGAUGACGACGACGAUGAUGAUAUUGAGAUGGAAGUUGAUGAUAAUGAUGCUGGAGAUGACGACAACGACGAUGGUGGUGUUGUGGAAGGUGAUGAUGAUGAUGAUGAUGGAGGGGAAGGUGAAGGAGAAAUUCGUCCGGUUAACGAGCCAUUGAGUUAG